UCUCGCGGUGCUGCCGGGCUCAGCCCCGUCUCCUCCUCUUGCUCCCUCGGCCGGGCGGCGGUGACUGUGCACCGACGUCGGCGCGGGCUGCACCGCCGCGUCCGCCCGCCCGCCCGCCAGCCAGCAUGGCCACCACCGCCACCUGCACUCGCUUCACCGACGACUACCAGCUCUUCGAGGAGCUUGGCAAGACUGCAGGGCUAUCAGUGAGAUGCAGCAGGUGUGUGUUUGAAGCAUCGCCCACCAGCUCCUGAUGUACAGCCUGAGGGGUGCUUUCUCUGUGGUCCGCAGGUGUGUGAAGAAAACCUCCACGCAGGAGUAUGCAGCAAAAAUCAUCAACACCAAGAAGUUGUCAGCCCGAGAUCACCAAAAACUAGAACGUGAGGCUCGGAUAUGCCGACUUCUGAAACAUCCAAAUAUUGUGCGCCUCCAUGACAGUAUUUCUGAAGAAGGGUUUCACUACCUCGUGUUUGACCUGGUUACUGGCGGGGAGCUGUUUGAAGACAUUGUGGCUAGAGAAUACUACAGUGAAGCAGAUGCCAGCCACUGUAUACAUCAGAUUCUGGAGAGUGUUAACCACAUCCACCAGCAUGACAUUGUCCAUCGGGACCUGAAGCCUGAGAACUUGCUGCUGGCAAGUAAAUGCAAGGGUGCUGCCGUCAAGCUGGCUGAUUUUGGCCUCGCCAUCGAAGUGCAAGGAGAGCAGCAGGCUUGGUUUGGUUUUGCGGGCACCCCAGGUUACUUGUCCCCUGAGGUCUUGAGGAAAGAUCCCUAUGGAAAACCUGUGGAUAUCUGGGCCUGCGGGGUCAUCCUGUAUAUCCUUCUGGUGGGCUACCCUCCCUUCUGGGAUGAGGAUCAGCACAAGCUGUAUCAGCAGAUCAAGGCUGGAGCGUACGAUUUCCCAUCACCAGAAUGGGACACAGUGACUCCUGAAGCCAAGAACUUGAUCAACCAGAUGCUGACCAUAAACCCAGCAAAACGCAUCACGGCUGACCAGGCUCUGAAGCACCCAUGGGUCUGUCAACGAUCCACGGUAGCCUCCAUGAUGCACCGCCAAGAGACUGUGGAGUGUUUGCGCAAAUUCAAUGCCCGGAGAAAACUGAAGGGUGCCAUCCUCACGACCAUGCUUGUCUCCAGGAACUUCUCAGCUGCCAAAAGCCUAUUGAACAAGAAGUCGGAUGGAGGUGUCAAGAAAAGGAAGUCGAGUUCCAGCGUGCACCUAAUGCCACAGAGCAACAACAAAAACAGUCUCGUAAGCCCAGCCCAAGAGCCCGCGCCCUUGCAGACGGCCAUGGAGCCACAAACCACCGUGGUGCACAAUGCUACAGAUGGGAUCAAGGGUUCCACAGAGAGCUGCAACACCACUACAGAAGAUGAGGACCUCAAAGUGCGAAAACAGGAGAUCAUUAAGAUCACAGAACAGCUGAUUGAAGCCAUCAACAAUGGGGACUUUGAGGCCUACACGAAGAUUUGUGACCCAGGUCUCACUUCAUUUGAGCCUGAGGCCCUCGGUAACCUCGUGGAGGGGAUGGAUUUCCAUAAGUUUUACUUUGAGAAUCUCCUGUCCAAGAACAGCAAGCCCAUCCAUACCACCAUCCUAAACCCACAUGUCCACGUGAUUGGGGAGGACGCAGCUUGCAUCGCCUACAUCCGUCUCACCCAGUACAUCGACGGGCAGGGUCGGCCUCGUACCAGCCAGUCAGAGGAGACCCGGGUCUGGCACCGCCGGGAUGGCAAGUGGCUCAAUGUCCACUAUCACUGCUCAGGGGCCCCUGCCGCACCAUUGCAGUGAGCUUCAGCCACAGGGGGAUUAGGAGAUUCCAGCUGGAGGUCGAACCUUCGCAGCCAGUGGCUCUGGAGGGCCUGAGUGACAGCGGCAGUCCUGUUCGUUUGAGGUUUAAAACAAUUAAAUUACAAAGCGGCAGCAGCCAAUGCACGCCCCUGCAUGCAGCCCUCCCGCCCGCCCUUCGUGUCUGUCUCUGCUGUACCGAGGUGUUUUUUUACAUUUAAGAAAAAAAAAAAAAAGAUUGUUUAAAAAAAAAAUGGAAUCUGUACCAUGAAGCRUUUCAAAACCACCUACAGCCCUUGGGCUUGCAAGAAGACAGAAGUUUGUGUGAUGCCCAUCCUGGCAUGAACGUUGGGCUCACCCACCAGUCCUGAAGAGGUGAGCUUAGCCUCAGAACCCCCACGGACCCAGGGGGACCAGGCAAGGACUCUGACAGAGCUUUGGGGGCCAUGAUGUGAUUAUGGCCCCUGAGGUGGCCUGCUUACCCCAGGUCUAGGAGUGGGCUUCUUCGGAAACUGCAUAAGCACCUAGAAAGAAGCUGAAGAAAACACCAUGGCUGUUAGACCUACUUGAGAGAGAAUGCAGAACUCUCAGCCAGCUGUGGACGCAGCUGAGAAGCAGUGGCCUCAGGACUGAGGUCCCGGACUUUGCUGUACUGUUCAUUUAGCAUAGAAGGGAAGAGAAUUGGUGCUGCAGAAGUAUGUCUGCUAUGAAGUUGAUGAGAAACCUCGUGUUAGUCUGACAUGCACUUACUUACUCAUCCAUUUCUAUAGGAUGCACAAUGCCCUUGGGCCCUGAUAUUGAGGCCUAAUCCCUGCAGGUGGGAAGGGGAGGUUUUGCUGCUUUGCUUCGUGUUUGUGUUCUUGAUAACUUAGCAAGGAGGGAGCCAGGCCCUGGUCAGGGCUCCCUUUGUCGCCUUUGGCAGUUCUGUUUCUGGACCAUCUUUGUCUUGCCUUUUCAUGGUGGUGGUCCCCCAUGCUGACCCUCAUCUGGACCUGGGCCCUCUGUGAAGUGCCCCUGUGGGAUGGGAGGAGUGAGGCAAUGGGAUAAGAGGUGGUGGUUGUUUCUAUGCAUUCAGGCUGCCCUCAGGGUUGCCUCCCUUCUUACUCUUCUCUUGCUGCACGUCCAUCUCUUUCCCUGUCUUUGAGAUUGACCUGAGUGCUCUGGCAAGAAGCGUCCUCUUGAAAGAGGCCUCUACUGACCAACUGAAGUAUAGACUUACUGCUGGACAAUCUGCAUGGGCAUCACCCCUCCUCACCUGCAUGUACCCAAAAAAGGUGUCCAGAGCAAAGACUCCUACAUUCAUUGUCUCUCUCUGCUCAAGGAGUUCCAUUCCAGGAGGAAAAGAUCUACCCUAAGCCAAUAUGAGAAGAUAAUGGAGGAGCAAUUGGUCAUAGCCUUGGGUUUCUCCCAAAACAACUGUGCAUAUUUAUCUGCACAAAUAUCUGCACUUUUGGGGGAAAGGUGGGUAGACUCCAGCUCCCUGGACUAACUUCAGGAGGCACAGGAGCUGGGAAAAGAGACAAAGCUACAGGUUUACUUUGGAGCCAGCUGAGGAGAGCAAACUCACAGGUGCUGAUGCUUGGAUUUAGCAAGGCUCCUCUAGCGCCUCAUGCAUGCCCCAGCCCCUGGGCCCUACCCCCCACCCUGCCCUGCAGCCUGCAGUGCCAGCUUGCAGAUACCUUCACCACAGGGUUUGGUUUUGCUGGCUUGAAGACAAAUGGUCUUAGAGUUCAUUGAGACCCAUAGCUUCAUAUGGCUGCUCCAGCCCCACUUCUUAGCAUUCUUACUCCUCUUCUGGGGCUAAUGUCAGCAUCUAUAGACAAUAGACUAUUAAAAUAAUCUUUUAAACAGGAAAUGGAAGGCAUUUGAUGCAGAAUUUUUGCAUGACAUAGAAAUAAUUUAAAAAUAGUGUUUGUUCUGAAUGUUGGUAGACCCUUCAUAGCUUUGUUACAAUGAAACCUUGAACUGAAGAUAUUUAAUAAAAUAACCUCGAAACAGUC